AUGCGUAUUGCAGACCUUGGUAACUUGCCUAAUCUGCGUGGCGAACAGCUGCAUGUUUAUAUGGAGUGUGCAUCUCGUAUGAAGUAUUUUGCGGAGCAUAAUCUUGACAUCAUUCGUGAAUCGGUGGAUGAUGAGAACUAUUCACCUGAUAUUCUCGAUGAUGACGCUGUGGAUGCAAUCAAUGAGCAACGACCAAUGGUACUGGAAAGACACUACUGA